AGAUGGAGAGGCCAAGACUUGCUCUCACCAUGCUUAUGUUUUUACUGUUUCAUCAGAAAAGCAUCUAUGGAGAAGAAGUGCAGAUGAAAGUCAGACCAGGAGACAACAUCACUCUCUACUGUGACCGCUCUUUAUCUCUUGGUUCCAGCACUGUAUGGAUAAGAAACUGCUCUCAUGAAAAUCAACCCUCACUCAUAAUAGAUUUUAGAAAACUGAAGAUAUCGAAGAUAUUUCAACAUUUCAGCUUUAUCUACAAUCCUUACAGUAAUUCUCAUGGUCUACAUAUUACUAACAUCAGUGUCUCUGAUCUGGGACUGUACUACUGUGCAGAAGAACAGAAUAUGGAAAAUAAAAAAGACAUCCUUUCCUCAUCAAAAGUGUACUAUUACGGAAAGCGAACAACGCGUCUCUCUCUGGAAAUGACUUCCUGUUCUGAACCCUCUGCACAUCCUGACUGUUUGUUCUGCUGGAAACUGUUCAGUGUGUGUCCGGUGUGUGUUCUUCUCUCCUCUCUCUGUUUGCUCUGGCUCUUUUGCAGGAAACCCACAGAUUCUGCAAGUGAUCAAAAAGACAAGCUGAAAAAUAGAAACAUUGUUGAGGAAACUGAUAAUGAGGUGUGUUAUACAUCUGUAGAUGUGAUAACCUGGAGACAAAAACGGCACAGGGAAACACAAGGGGAGAGUUCAGAUUUCACUACUUAUGCUCCUGUCCGAACAGCAACUGAAUAGAUUAAAAAGUUGGAGGAGCCAUUAUCAUUGCAACUUCAUGUUAAUAGCAUGUUUGUUGGUUGAAAUGUGAGUCUGUGAUUAAAUCAUAGACGAAAAUAUGAAGCAAGAAUUACAGUAUAAUGCUUUUUUAUAAGCAGUAUAAAAAUAAUACCGUCAAAUAAAAACAUUUUCCUUCAGUAAAAGUGUUUUAGUAUGUUUCCAUACAGUCUUUGUGGACACAUAGUGAUGAUCGGAAAACAUGAUGUUUAUAGGUGUAUAUAGCUGUAAAUGUAUACUUCUCUAAAAUAUUAAUCUGAUGCAUUUUUUCAAUAACCAUCAACUUUCUCUGAACCACACUC